AUGCGUAUCAGAAAGAAACCAACUAUCGUGCUGGAAUUUCUCACGUUAACCCCUACUCUUCGCAUUGCCUUAAUUCCAUCCCCCGUUUGCUUGCUCUCAUCCAGUGCUUUUUUCCUCGAGUUGUUUUUUCAUGCCCCACAGCUCACAUCAUCCUACACGCAUCGUUUUCAUAGUGCUCUCAUUCUCACCGCCUUCGUCAUGGAUAUUGCGAUUACAUGCUGUACUGUACAGCGAAUACUUGUAAUGAACUACAUGUUCCAUCUUACCCUGUUAUCUCGGAUUUUUAACCCACUUUGAAUAUGCCCACGUGCACAGAUGACCGCAGCAACGGU